AUGUAAAAUUGUUGUUGACGUUUGACGAUGAAACACAAACUUUGAAAUAGUUUGGCUCUAGAAAUUAAAAUUAAAGAAUAAUAAUGGACAGAACUAGGCGAAAAUCAUCAAUUUAUCAUGACGUUUGUAAAGAUAUUGAUAUAAAAAUUUUGCGAAUACUUGUGUCUAUUGAUGAUCAAAUCACAAAAAACUUAAGAGAUGGUAAAGUUGUUACAAGGCCUUCAAGUACAAAUGGAUUAUGGAGUUGUUUCCUAUUACCAGCAGUGCUUGUGUUAUACUCAAUACUUUACAAUGUGUCUGAAUUAUACGUUUUGUUGGCUUACGUAUCGAUUGGACUAGUGUCCUACAGUUUAUUAUUUAUUGUUUUUUUAUCUGUAUCUUGCUUGAUAUUGGAAGAAAAUAUUUAUGGGGGAUGCACAGCAUCAAGUCUGGUUUCAGCAUUAUUAUUGUAUGCAGUGCAGGGACAAGAUUUAAUGUUCUCUCUGAUAUGGUCAACCAUAGCAGUAAUGUCAUACAGUUCUCUCUUGAGAAUAGCCCUCACAGUAUACCCUAAAACAUUUACAAUAGGAGAAGCUAUGAUUGUGACACAGAGUAUAGUGCUUUUUGGUAUAACAGCUGUUAACAAGUAUUUCUACAACAUUGGUGAAGAAGAAGAUAUGGAAAUGAAAUUCAUUAAUGAUGUUAUCUUAACAAUAUUAUCGGCUGUUGCAAUUAUUGUUGCAGCAUUAUGUAUUUUGGAUGAAACACAAAAAACAAUGUCUGUGUUUUACUAUAUCAUCAGUGUGGCUGGAACCUAUGUAUUAAUGAUGUUACAUGUUAAAGUUGGAGUUGAUUGUAUUGUAAGAUUAGCUGAAUAUGUUCUGCUGGAUGUGGACAGAUUAAAAUUAUUCUUGUUCUGGCUCAGUUGUGUAGUUGUGUCAGCCUGUGUAGUACUAGUCCGCACUCAUCUCAACGUGAAAGCUAGUACAGUGACGCGCAAGACAUUUCAUAUACUUGGCUCAUUGGUAUUCCUGUCUGGCAUACUGUACAACAUUCGAUUAAUGACAUUAGCUGCUGGAUUCGGAUUUGGGCUUAUAAUAGUAGUUGAGGCACUUAGGAAAUCCGGGAUAGAGCCGAUUUCAUCUGCACUUCAGGCUGCAUUUAAUGUGUACAGUGAUGAGAAGGAUGUAGGCAGUUUCGCAAUGACUCCAAUCUACCUCUACGUAGGGCUGGCCUGCCCCCUAAUAUUGGUUCCAGUACAUCCAGGGUACGAGUUGGAACUGCUUAGCGGUGUGUUAUCCAUAGGAGUGGGGGAUACUGCUGCAAGUUGGUUCGGUUCCAAGUUCGGUGUGAACAAAUGGGGUGAUGGACCUAAAACGUAUGAAGGGACAGCAUUUAAUAUUCUCUCCCAAGUUGCGGUGAUUUACGCGAUUGAAGUUUUUGGUCUAUUGAGCGUAAAUAAUGCCAUGACACGUGUGGCGAUUGCUGCGGCGGUGUCAGGAGUGGUCGAAGCCAAAAUAGACCAAGUAGACAACUUAAUAUUGCCAUUAGUUACCCUGAUCGCAUUCCAAACCACCUAUGCAUUUUGUUAAAUUCAAUGAGUAACUAUUUAAAAAAAUUAAACUAAAAAAAUGCCAUAAGUACCUUUAUUUUUAUUGAGAAAAGGAAAAUGAGAUUUACCUAUUUUAUUACCUAUCUAUAUUUUUCGGAAAUUUU